CACUAUUUACCCCCGGCUGGCUCGCCAUGGCUCGGCGAGGGCAGGUCGGCUAGACAGGGGAGGUGGAGCGGCGCAGAGCGCGGCGGUCCUGCGGACCCCACACCCAGGCCCGGCCGGCGCGCUCCGGUGGGUGGGCCGGAACCAUGAGCUCCUACCUCGACUACGUGUCGUGCGGCCGGGACGGCGGCGACUUGCUGAGCUUCGCAUCCAAGUUCUGUCGCGCCGACGCCCGGCCCGUGGUCCUGCAGCCCGCCUUCCCCCUGGGCAGCGGCGACGGCGCGUUCGUUAGCUGCCUGCCCCUGGCCGCGGCGCGAGCGGUGCCCUCGCCCCCGGCCGCCCCGGCGCAGCCUCCCGGGCCUGCCGCGCCCGCGUACGCGCCGUGCCCCCUAGAGGGGGCCUACGAGCCAGGCGCCGCACCUGUCCAGGCCGGGGGCGAAGACUACGGCCUCCCGGGGUCCGCGCCCGCGUACGAUUUACCGUGCGCGCUCGGGCGGCCGGCAGACGACAGCGGGGCGCACGUCCAUUACGCCACCUCGGCUGUCUUCUCUGGAGGCGGCUCCUUCCUCCUCAGUGGCCAGGUGGAUUACGCGGCCUUCGGCGAGCCGGGCCCCUUCUCGGCGUGUCUCAAAGAGCCGACCGACGGCCACUCUGGGGCCUUCCAGACCGCGUCCCCUGCUCCCGGCGUCUACCCCAAGUGUGCGUCCCCAGCCUCCGGCCUCCCUGCCGCCUUCAGCACGUUCGAGUGGAUGAAAGUGAAGAGGAACGCCCCGAAGAAAAGCAAAUUCGCGGAGUAUGGAGCCGCCACCCCCUCCAGCGCGAUCCGCACGAAUUUCAGCACCAAGCAACUGACAGAACUGGAGAAGGAGUUUCAUUUCAAUAAGUACUUAACUCGGGCCCGACGCAUCGAGAUAGCCAACUCAUUGCAACUGAAUGACACCCAAGUCAAAAUCUGGUUCCAGAACCGCAGGAUGAAACAGAAGAAAAGGGAACGGGAAGGGCUUCUGCCAUCGGCCACCCCCGUGGCUUCCUUCCAGCUUCCCCUCUCAGGAACGAGCCCUGCCAAGUCUGGCAAGAACCCGGGGAGCCCCUCUCAGGCCCAGGAACCAUCCUGAGGUUUAGUCACGUCGCUGACAAACUGUGGGCUGCAGAACUCUUGGGCCACCCCACCCUUCUCUGGACUUAUUAGCUCAGUUUGGAAUGGAGGUGGGCAUGGCGGAAAUAAGAGCAGUUUCACUUGGGAGAGGAAAUACCUUGGUGGCUUCUGAGUUCCGGGCUGUGGGUGUACAGAUGUUAAUUUGAAGUCUCUAAAGCCACUCAUCUGUGUAUUGUGUCUUAUCAGGGAAAAGGUGCCCAGCUGCCAGCCCAGCCCUACUGCUAUGUUGCCUAACUCAGUCAUAUGCAGUUUUCCGUGCAGAGUGGCAGAGCAUUCCUACUGCCAACCCCGUGAUGUGCUCAGAAGAGCAUCUACCCAAAGUUUUAUCUGGUUUUAAUUUAAAAGACAAGGCUACAUGUAUUCAGCUUCUGAUGACCAAAGCUAGUUAUACUUAAGGCCUCCUUGGUGUAUAAGCUGCUUCAACCGUGAUCCUCACAUUUGCACUACAGUUUUUUUUCCCCCUUAAAAAGCAGUUUCUACCUCUCCAGGUGCCUAAGUGAAGAUACAAUCUCUGUUUAGUUAGUAGCUGAACAAAUGCACAGGGUGGAUAAAGACCCUGAAGUAUACUUUGACACCAGUUACUCAAACUUGAAUGUAAAUAUAUACAGUAUGUAUAUUUUUAAAGAAGUUUGCUUGUAGUGAACUUACAUAUGGCAUUUAAUGUCAGCAUGUAAAUGGUUUGAACUUUUUUUGGUAAUAAAAAUGACAGAAUGUGUCA